UGGAUUGUCUAAGAAGAGUAACUGCCCUGAUAACACACCCAUUGCAAGACAAAGGUUUUUACGAUAAGUAAAGUUCUGUUUUUCAGAUUGCACUGCAUCAAGAAAGGCUGAUAAAUUACUUUAGAAUCUAUAAAGUACUCUGUAAUUUCAGCUGUUAUAUUUCUUUUUACAUUCUAAGUAACUUUUAACAAUACAAUUUUGAAAUGGAUUCUGGUGGCAAACUCGCUAAACUUAAAUCAAAACUUGCAGAAAUUUCAUCGCAAAUUGAUGAUGCUGAUAACAGAAAAAAUGAAGCCAAAACCUCUAUGGUUGAAGCAACAUCUAGAUUAGAAAAAGCUGAAAGCGAAGUUGCCAGUUACCUACGAAAAAUUCAACUUCUGGAAAAAGACUACAAUGAAGUUGUUAGCAGAUGUGAGGCUCUUGAAGAAAAGUUAGCUAUAACGCAAGAUAAAGGUAUGUCUGUAGAAGAAGCUCGAAAACAGUUGGAAGAAAAUGAAAACGAAGGUGAUGAAAAAAUACAAAGACUCGAGGAAGAAGUAAAAGAAGCAAAAAGACUUUUAGAAGAAAAUGAAACAAAAAGCAAUGAAUCUGAACGACGUAGAGUGGUUGUAUUCCGUGAUAUUGAAAGAACUGCAGCUAAAGCUGAUUCUUUAGAGAAAAGAAUUCAGGUUCUUCAAGAAACAAUUGACAAUGCUACUAUAAGCCUUAAAGAACUAGAAGCUCGUGAAGGAGAAUCCAGUCAGCGUGAAGAGUAUAAUGCAGAGCAAAUUGUUAUGUUAGAAGGAAAAUACAAAGAAGCUGAAGUACGUGCUGAAGCUAAUGAAAGAAAUUGUUGUGUGUUGGAAAGAAAUAUCAAAGAAUUGGAAGAUGAAAUUGAAAAAGUCAAAAAGUUAACAAUAGACAUAGAAAAUGAAAUUGCAGAUAUGGAUGAUGUAGGAGAGGAUGACGAUUAAGUUAAAUAUUAAUAUCGAAUCUUUGAAAUCGCGGAAUAUAUUUCAAGUUUUUAUUAUUUUGGCUGGAAUAUUGUUUGAGUUUUAAACUUUUGUAUUAUAGUGUUAUUUAUGUUUAUUUUUUACCUUCAAACAACCAUUUCUCAUUAGUCAAACAUAGUGAAAAAGUUGAAAAAGUAAUCAAAAGGCCGAAAACAAUAUUUUUAGUUUUGUUCUGUGCCGACAAAUUUUUUUUAGUUCUUUAGCAACUUUGAUUUUUAAAUUUUGUUUGUUUUGUAAAUUUUUUGUUUUUUGAUGUUUUCACUUUCGAACUGUGAAAUAUACCAUUUACCAAAAUAUUGUAUGUAGUAUAUAAACAGGUUAAAAAAAAAAAAAAAAGAGAGAGAAGUUUUUUGAAAGCAGCUGGAUUUUUAAAACUUAUUUUUUAUUAUUAAACCCUUUCAAAAUUUUUGGAUUUUUGUGUAUAUAGGAAAAUAGAGUUUUCAAUAGAACUAUGUAAUCCUUUUUA